GUUGGGCCCGCGCUCCCCCCAAUGCCGCCCGCGCUCGGGAAGGACUCGCCCGGGGGCAAGAGCGCGCGCGAGGAGGCCGUGGAUGCGUUGCAGGCUUGGGCCCAGAAGGGGGAGGACGUGGCAGUCGACGAAGAUCACGUACAGAGGCAUCUCGCGCUGAAGCGGGCUUCCUUGCCAGGCCAGAGGGUCACCUGCGGGAAGGUCGAGGAAGCCAAGCAGACGUCCUUGAAGACAACGGAGACGACAAUGGCCGUCUACGUCGCACCGAAAUCCAGCAUCCCAAGCAUCCCCACGUGGGCCACGGCGGUGAAACCGUACAUCAUCCCAUGGCAAAAGGUGGAGGAUCUCCCGGACAUGUUCGACGAGUCGGAGUGCCGCCUUCGGUCUCGCGCGGGGGUCUCGGGUGCUCCUUUAGAUUUUCAGGUUUCUCGUGGCCCGACAAAGCCAUAUUGACAUGGCGUGAUGCUGCUGAUGUCGUGCUACACAUGCUGUAACCAGGAGUCAUCAAUGAAUAGUGCCCCGCCAUGUUGAUGUCGCAAAAAUCUCCGUCUGCAAGUGCCGCCAUAUCUGGUGUCCCGCAACGCGUAUGAUGUAGUGAGCAGACACUGAUGGCGCAUAUACACUCAGCGGGCAGCACGCCACUACAGGGAUGUCUUAGUGGCGCCGUGCAACAGGGGCCCAGACCAGGGUGUUAACAAAUCGUCCCCCCCCUCCUGGACCGUAUUGACGUAGCGCAAAAAUCUCCGCGUGCACAUACCGUCAUAUCUGGUGUCCCGCACCGCGUACGAUCUAGUGCGCAGACCCGUCCAAACAAGCAGACUCCAGUAGGUGAUGUUGGUGCCCGUAUGUACAUGGUGUAACCUGUGUCGUGCCAAACCUACUGUAACCAUCUGUUGGUACCCUGUAUGCCAUGCAUGGUGUAGUGCUGCGUGCUCUGGAGACCUGGGCCGUAUGAUGCAGUACAUGAUGCCAGUGCGCACGCUAUCUGUGUACGUCGUGACAAGUUGUGGCGGCACAAGGGAUGCACGCACAUGGCGCGCGGCGAAUGGUUUCC